GAGACAGACAUUCCUCGUACAAGUCACUUGCCAGAAAUAACGUUUCCCUCCCUGUUCCACACCUCUGAACGGGCGCGCCAGGUGACGAGACGGCUCUGCGCGCGCGCGUCAGCGGCGUUCCUCCCCCGCCCAGGUGUAGCCCUGCAGACCCAACCCUCAAGGCAAACUCCUCGUCGGGGCAAAGCACCUCAGACUGUCAGUCGACCACGGAGCAGCGCGGACGGAUCACAUGACAAGGCAACAGCAUUCCAAGGAACCCUAGAAGACUAUCUGUCUUCUGUAGACAAAUUACGUCAGCUGAUAGAAGACAAAGUUACAUCCUACAACCCCCCUCAGCAACAGUUCCAGCUGCGUGCUUGUCAGGAGCUCCAGGCCGUCUCCUCCAACCAGAGAGGUUGUUCUUCCAGGAGGAAGCACUGAGCGCGCUGCGUAACCCGCUGACUCAGGACCUGCACAGAGAGGAAACGCACGGCAGCAGACCGAGUGACCGCAGCAUGCAGGGAAAGAACGAGUUGGAGAUGGAGCAGCAUGCUCCCGGGUCUUCUUCCCCAAACUCGCCACUUAGUCCUCACCAGACCAGCAACAAAGAAGAGGCCCUGCAGGCCUUCCGGGCCAGUCAUAAGAAACCAGCCACAGGCCUGUCCUUCAAGUCCAACUUGCACCGAGCCAGCAGCAUCAAAGACCUGAUCAGUAAAUUCUCCGGUCCAGAUCAAGUCUCAUCCUCCCGUCCCCCAAAGAACCCAGCGUCUGGAAGGGGUCGAGUACCGAAGUCCGCUCCCGCAGAAGCUCUCAGCUCUUCGAGGUCAACGUUGAGUGCCUCUGACUCCGCGCUGGACGGCGUCGGGCGAGACAACGGUGCGCUCCCGAGCAUCACCGUGACCCCCCCAAUCAGGGAAACCCAGAACUUGGCUCAGUCGGCUCAGAGAGGCCCCGACACCAGCAAGAUCGUUGCGAGAAUAGACUGUCCAGUAGGCGCUAGCGCUGAGAAGACCGAUUCAGAACCAAGGAGCAAAGCCCAACCCACAGAGUCCGGGAGAGACUCCGGCGUGGGAUCGGAGUCUGAAUUGGAUUUGAACAAGCAGUCCGAGAGCCCGUCGGAGGAAGAGCCCACCACACCUCGGGUCAUGCCGGCCACCCAGAACCCCAAAUAUCAGCUGUUUCUCAACAGCGAGCACAAGACCAACGGUUUGAGUGGCAGUGAUGGUCCAGGAGGGGGUGGAAUGUCGGGCGACACCAGCCCUAGGCCAGCCCGAUGGGAGACCACCCGGCUGGGGGGGAACCACUUCCGAGGGUCCCUGGAGUCUCUGGCCUCGCGGGACUGGGACAAUACGUCUGACAAGUCCUCCAAGUACUUCAACAAUCCGUACGGCACCACGUCCUCCAUAGAUUACAACUCCAUGAACCGAAUGUCUGAGUUCAAGGUUCCUGGUAGACUGUCACCUGCCAACUCUGAAAUGAACAUGUACAACUUCAACGGUCGCAGCAUCAGUCCAGUGGGAACUACCCCUAUUACCUCCGUCAGACCCCGUUACUCCGCCUACGACAGUCUGGUGAAGAGGAGGGGCGAGGUCAACAACACUGUGACGCCCACCACCCACUACAGUAUGCGCUCUAACACCCUGGGAGCGCCAAAUAAAAAAAACUUUAUAGAGGAGUUGACAAAACAGAUGGAAGCCUGCCAGAAGCGUAACCAGUUCCUCGAGGCAGAGAGUGUGGAGAUGGAGAAGGAGAGGAGCCAGAUAAGGUUUGAGAUGCGCGGCCUGCUGGUGAACAACGAGGACCUGCUGAGGACCAACGCUCAGCUGAACAGCGAGAUGAAGAGGAUGAGAGAACAGAUGAUAGAGAUGCAGAGGGAGAACCAAUCCGUGGUCGAGAGUUACAAGGAUAUGGAGAUUGAGGUGAAGCAGGCCCGGGAGAUCAGGGUGGAGGCCAACAAUCAGGAGUACGCCUUCGGCUUUCUCCAGCAGUCCCUCCAAAACCAGAUCAAAGACGCUGAGGAGAACCUGGAGAAGCAGACGCAGCAUGCCCAGACCUUAUCUGAGAAGUUGUGGCAGGCAGAGAGACAGCUGGAGGAGCUGGAGAUCCACAAAGACAGCAGAGACAAAAAGGCAUCGGAACUCAACAGCACCAUCCUCAGGAUGGAGUCGGAGCUGAGCGAGGCCCUGCUGGUGUCCACGCAGGCUACGGCCCAGCUCAGCCUGCAGCAGAAGCUCCGCGAGGACAGCGAGCGGAGGGUGGAGGAGCUGGAGGAAUCCAUGCUGGAGAAGGACCAGGAGCUGCAGAGACUGCAGACGGUCGUCGGCAGGCUGCAUGGAGAGGUCUCCGAUAAGCUGAUUGAUAAGGAGCGAACGCUGGAGGACGAGAUUCAGUUGAGAGAGAAGAUACAGCUCCAGUGUAAGCAAGCGGAGAGGACGGUUGACGACCUUACAAUGGAGCUGCAGAGCACCAACCAGGCCAGGGAGGAGCUGGCCAAACAAGUGAAACUGGCUCAGGAGAAGAUGAUUGACCUGGAGAGUGAUCUGGAGGAGCUGCAUGACAGCGAGCUGAGGUGGGCCAGCAAACAUAAGAGGGCAAUCGAGCAGAUUGAGCAGCUCCAGUUGAAGGUGAUCCAGGAAAAGGAUCUGAAUGACCAGCUGGAGACUGACAAGGUUGCCAUGGAGAGACAGCUGCGUGAGCUACGUAUGGAGGUGGAGGAGCUUCAAAGCUCCAGAGUUCAGGAGGAUGUCGUCUCCAGAGCGGAGAGCAGGGUUAAAGAGCUGGAGAACACUCUGAGGACUGAAGAAAGGAACAAGUCUGUUCUCACCAACACCAUCAGUAAACUGGAGAGGAGGAUAAACGAGCUGAGCGAUCAGAUGGAAGAGGAACACCGGAUAGCAACUGAGCAAAAAGACCUGAUGACCCAGAGGAUGCGCUCUUUGAAGCGUCAGGUGAAUGAGGCCGAGGAGGAGGCGAGCCGUAAGGAGGCGCAGUACAGGCACACCCAGAGGGAGCUGGCCGAGGAGAGGGAGACGAGCGGCCGGCUGCAGAGGCAGCUGCUCGACCAACACAUGCAGACAAAGCGUAAGGAGACCCUAAACAUCCGUCAGACCCUGGAUAACCUGAGGUUGGACCUGAGUGUCGACGACGAAGGCGACGACCAGCUGCCGCAGCAGCCACAGACAGGCAGUGUCACCGAAGUCUAAACCCUCACACUCCCUCAAAAGGAAUCAUGACGGAACGAGCUACCGCCAUACACUGACAGGCCGUGGGUGAAAUGAGGUGUAACCAUUUUCUAAACCUGCCCCCGCCACGUUACUACAUGAAUAGAUGGGAGGUGUUGUAGGUCCAGUCUUCAAAAAGUCCAGUCCUCCAAAAAAAUGUUCCCAAUCUGUUGUCAAAGGUUAAUUCAUUUUAUUUGUACUGAUCUUCCCAGUAAUCUCCUAGAACGUGUCUUUGUAAUCUUGUUUCAAAACGAAGUUACUCAUUUGCCUUGAAAGAUGCUUGGAAAAAUAUUUGGAAUGCAUGCAUGUUUUGCUGACUUGUAUACGCUAAGCUGUUAUUGCCAAUUCUUUGCAAGUGUACCAGUUAACAUUUACAGUAUUUCCAUUCAGGAAGUGACAGACCCUACAUUUUAAUUGACCUCCUGGCAACUAGCAGGAUUUGCAACAGUCCACUAUAGACCUAAAAAAAACUGAACUGACAGCCUUAUUGUCAGUGUGACAGACAUCAAUUAGUCUAUUGAAUUAAACAAUGAAGUCAGACGCUUUCUUUUUUAUUCACAUGAGAAUUGUUUACUGCUUUUUUGCUAAUAAAUGGACAGGAGCUUAGUGAUGAAAGACUAACAUAAAAAAGAUAAUUAAUCAGUGAUAAUAUUCAAUAACAAAGAUUUGUUGAAACAUGCCUUGUGUUUUUGAAGCGUCUAACAUCUUGGAAUAGCCUGAUGUAUAUUUUUGGUCAUUUUUUUCCAACAUCAUCCAGUUACCUUUAAGUCCUAACGGCAAUGUUUAACUCCAACGUGUUUGUUUUCGGCAAGGGUUCUGUUUAAUUCUUUUGAAAAGGAAGGUGCACACACAAGGAUUAACUGGUUCCUUGUAUAUUUCAUGAAACAUCUGACAUUACAGGGUUUAAAAAAAAAUUGAUGCAGCUUUGCGGACAGCUUUCCAUGUAGUAUUUGAACAAAAUUCACGCUGGCUUUCGACAUGUUAUGACAACAUGCUGUAGAGGGAUCUUUUGAUGUGAUUGUAGCUUUUGUAUUGAUUCACACACACAUAAUCAUGAAAUUAUUAAUAUUGGUGAAUUUUCUUCAUUUGCAACCGCUUAUUGGGCGAAACUUAAUCUUUAACUCAAGAGUUUUUUGGGGAGUUUGCUGCUGUAUUGCUACAACUUUCCCACCCACAUAGAGAAUAUAAUAUUUGAAAUAGGAUUCUCAGCAAUAAAGAAGAUAAUCUAAUUUCACAGUUGGUGUUAAUGAAAAUAAACUCAAAGGUAAAAUACUGUUUUUAAAUGUUUAAGGUCACAAAAGACAAAUUCAUGUCUCAUUACAACUCAUCAAAGCUUUGUAUUAAUAGAAAGUGGCGGUGAGAGUGACAAUGAAAAUAACAAUUAUAAUAAUUGUGUAAAAAUGUAAAUGCCUUGUUUUUUUCUACACAAUUAUCUGGUUUUAUUCUACAAUAUUGACCAACGGGUUCAUUGAAAAAGAUGAAACUUACUUUUUCCUGCUUGAGUGAGGAAAUUAAACCCAGCCAUGAUGCUCAGAUAGUCAGGGUUUACAUUUAUUGGUGUUCUUUGCAUUUUUGAAAAUGGGAACAUGAAUUGCUUACAAGAGAUUCAUAUUUCCGCGCUACAGUGUCUUUUUUUUGGUUUUAUUAUUUUAGUAAAAGAAAAGCAAUCUACCGAUUAUGUAAAAAUAAAGAUUUUAUUGACUUUUGUAAGUUCACUCCAUAUUAUACUAUUCUGGGGUAUUUAUUUUCACAUUCUCUGUUUUGGUGGGUUUCUUUGUACAAGAUGAAAAUAAAUUGUUCUCCACUGUGAAUUCUGGAUUUCCUCACAAAUAUUGAGCCAAAAGCUUUAACUGAAUGGACUAGUUUGUUGUAAAAGGCAUUGUCUAAUGAACAAGUAAAAUUUGUUUGUUUUGAGUUAUGUUUUAAUGGGAAAUAUGUGCGAAACCAUUUUGCUAUGAUCACACCGUAUACAUUAUGAAACAUUUUAAAUACAACUGUUUUGUGAAUGAA